AUGAGGCUCCUCCCCCGCCUGCUUCUGCUUCUCUUGCUCGUGUUCCCCGCCACCCUCUUGCUCCGAGGCGGCCCUGGAGGCUCAGUAGCAGUAGCUCAAGAUCUUACAGAAGAUGAAGAAACAGUGGAAGAUUCAAUAAUUGAAGAUGAAGAUGAUGAAGCAGAGGUGGAAGAAGAUGAACCCACAGAUUUGGCAGAAGAUAAAGAAGAAGAAGAUGUAUCUGGUGAACCUGAAGCUUCACCAAGUGCAGAUACAACUAUCCUAUUUGUAAAAGGAGAAGAUUUUCCAGCAAACAACAUUGUGAAAUUCUUGGUAGGCUUUACAAACAAGGGCACAGAAGAUUUUAUUGUUGAAUCCCUAGAUGCCUCAUUCCGUUAUCCACAGGACUACCAGUUUUAUAUCCAGAAUUUCACAGCUCUUCCUCUGAACACUGUAGUCCCACCCCAGAGACAGGCAACUUUUGAAUACUCCUUCAUUCCUGCAGAGCCCAUGGGUGGACGACCCUUCGGUCUAGUCAUCAAUCUGAACUACAAAGAUUUGAACGGCAAUGUAUUUCAAGAUGCUGUCUUCAAUCAAACAGUUACAAUUAUUGAAAGAGAGGAUGGCUUAGAUGGAGAAACAAUCUUUAUGUAUAUGUUCCUUGCUGGUCUUGGGCUCUUGGUUGUUGUUGGCCUUCAUCAACUCCUGGAAUCUAGAAAGCGCAAGAGACCUGUACAGAAAGUAGAGAUGGGUACAACAAGUCAGAAUGACGUUGACAUGAGUUGGAUUCCUCAGGAAACUUUGAAUCAGAUCAAUAAAGCUUCACCAAGAAGGUUGCCCAGGAAGCGGGCACAGAAGAGAUCAGUGGGAUCUGAUGAACGCAGGAGGAGGGAGACGCACUGA